GUAUACAUACAUAUUCCAGCGCCGGCCGCCAUCGAAUUAGUGUGAUUGGUGUCGCAGUGCAACGAGCGAAACAUUAUUCUUCGCAGUACGUUAAGUGAAAUCCUAAUUUUACAAAUCGAUCUGUGAACAAAUGUCGAGUCCCGACGAAUGCAAACUCAAGGGCGGACACCCUCCUGCAGUAAAAGCGGGAGGUAUGAGAAUCACUCAACAUAAAUCACCAAAAGAAGAUCGUGAAAUAAAGCCGAUUAAGGAUGCGGACGAAAGUAAACCAUCGAGUAGUCCACCUAAAACUGUAAUGAUCAGUGGAUUUCCUGGAAAAGGGAAUGCAGAUUUUCCACCAGAAGCUGUCCAAGUCUUCCAUGAAAAGCCUAUACCAACGCAUGAUGCACGUCAAAUCCACAGUUCGCGUCCCAUCAUCAUCCAACAGCCUAGGAAAUGAACGACACGCACUUCAACUAUUAAAUGGGCUAGAACUACUAUCAGUGGCCCAUAUGCAUUAAGUUAAAAAAAAAAAAGAAGAAAAGAAUAAUAGAUUUGUAUGUAUGUACAUACUAAAAAGUUUCUUUGGGAUGCAAUGAUUCGCUGUGUGUACACAAUUUUCUAAUGUAAACACAUAAUUUGUUUCCCAAGAAACUGUGGUUUUCUGUAAGACGAAAUGAAAUACCUCGCGAGAGUUUAUCACUGUUAUUAAGAGAGUAAAGAAUUUAUUUUUUAUUGCAAUGCCGUGCAAUUCAAGUAUUUGCAUUUAGGCGGUCGAUCAAUUCCGCCUUAUCAGAUGAUUGUCGUCCUUAAAGAUACGACUACUAUUAUAGCGAUAGCUCGCCGUUAUAACAAUUUUAUAAUCUACGCACUUUAUUAGAGUAUAUAUAACCGCCUUCGGGACCAGAUUCAUUUCAAGAUGUAGUGUUUGAGGUACUAAUACUACUCCACACUAUAUUUUGUUUAUAAGUAUAUGUGUCCCGACAUUAUAGUCGAGCGUAGAAAUUCUAGAAAUGUAGUUAAUCUACAAAAUCUAUGUCAAAUUUGCGAUUUAAUCGCUUUGAAAACAACAUAUUACAACACUAUGUGAAUAUAAUCGUCAAGCAUGUAAAUGUCGGAACGACUAUCGUCACGUUGGCCACAGUUUAUACGAGACUUAAAAGAAAGAAAUAUACGUCUUUGUACGUAAUUAAUA